AAUCUCUCUCUCUUUCUCUCUUUUUGCUCAGGGAUCUAUUUUGUUCCUUAUCGUCUUGCUUGCGCGUUCUCUUUUGAAGCAGAUUUUCCACCAGCCAAGAAAGAGAGAUAAAAAGAGUCACUAAGAAGAUUGUAAACCCUAGAAAGUUGAAGAAGGAAGAAGGAAGAAGGAAGAAGGAAGAAGGAAGAAGGAAGAAGGAAGAAGAAGGGCUCUCUCUUAUUGUUUUAUUAAUCUGAUUUCAAGCCCUAGAAUUUAUUUGGCGCGCCGAGGGGUUGUGUGUCUAAAGGAUUUAAAGAAGGGUAUAUUGGUUGUGCAAGGGUUAUUUAGCUGGGUGCUCAAUUUUUGUUUUGUUUGAGCUAGCUUUUGUUUGUUGCACAUCAUAGUUCUGGUCUUUGAGGUGGAUUUUUGGUUCGUGAAACUGAUUGCCGAGUGUUUGGAAUUGGAAUUGGAAUUGGCCAUGGUCGUGGUGGGGGCGAGGUGCUAGGGUUUUUAUACUGGUUUUUGUGUGUGUGUUUGUGGGGCACCCGUUGUUCGUUGAUGCUCAUGCAAUUUUCUUGCUUUUCAUGCCGCCAGAACCUUUGCCGUGGGACAGGAAAGACCUCUUCAAGGAGAGGAAACACGAGAAGUCGGAGGCCAUAGGGUCUGCGGCCAGAUGGCGGGACUCUUAUCAUGGAUCUCGCGAGUUUAAUCGGUGGGGUUCUGCUGACUUACGAAGGCCUACUGGUCAUGGUAAGCAGGGUGGUUGGCAUCAGUUUUCUGAAGACUCUAGUCACGGUUAUGGACCUUCUCGGUCAUUCAGUGACAGGGUGAUAGAAGAUGAGAGCUUCCGGCCGUCAGUUCCUCGUGGUGAUGGAAAGUAUAUUAGAAUCGGUAGAGAAAGUAGAGGUUCUUUUAGUCAUAGAGACUGGAGAAGUCACUCAAGAGAUGCUAACAAUGGAUUUGGGAACCCUUCACGAAGAACGUCAUCGCAGGAUGUGAGUUCUGAUCAGAGGUCAGUAGAUGAUACGGUGACAUAUUCCUCUCCUCAAUCGUUUCAUGGGUUAGAAAAUGGCCCGAGGUCUGAUGUGGAAGUUUCCCUUGGCUCCACUGAUUGGAAGCCGCUUAAGUGGUCCAGAUCUGGGAGUUUGUCUUCUCGGGGAUCUGCUUACAGCAGUUCAACAAACUCGAAGAAUGAAAAGGCCGAUUUACCUCUUAGAGUUGCAUCUCCUAUAGAAAGCCCUUCUGCUGAAGCUACUGCCUGUGUGACAUCUUCUCUGCCUUCUGAAGAUGCAAUUUCUAGGAAGAAACCAAGGCUUGGAUGGGGUGAUGGACUGGCCAAGUACGAGAAAGAAAAAGUUGAGGUUCCUGAUGGAAGUCUGAGAAAAGAAGUGGCUCUUCUUUCAAGCGGUAGUGGUGAAUUAACUCAUUCGCUUGGUUCAAACUUUGCUGAGAAAAGUCCCAAAACUUUACCCUUCUCAGAUUGUGCAUCUCCUGCAACUCCAUCCUCUUUUGCUUGUAGUUCAUCAUCAGGAUUGGAAGAUAAACCAUUUAGUAAGGGAGCAGGUGCUGAUGGCAUGAUAUGUAGUUCACCUGGGUCUGGUUCACAAAAUCUUCAGAAGUUAUUGUGCAGUAUAGAGAAGAUGGAGAUUAGUUCGGUUGCUAAUUUAGGGUCAUCACUUGUUGAAUUAUUUCAUUCUGAUGAUCCAAAUACAAUAGAAUCAUGUUUUGGGAAAUCUACAUUGAAUAAGCUGCUAGCGUAUAAAGGUGAAAUUUCAAAGACAUUGGAGAUGACAGAGUCUGAAAUUGAUUCUCUUGAAAAUGAACUUAAGUCUUUGAAAUCUGUAAAUGGAGGCAAUGUUUCUCAUAAAAAAUCUUGCAGUGCCACACGUGUGAUGGAGAGUUCAACAUAUUUCAAAGAACAAGAUGGUAUCUCUUGCAUUGCCACUCGUCCUGCUCCGUUGGUGGUAGUUUCUUCUUCUGAUGCAACAGUUGAGAAGGUGCCACUCUGCAAGGGUGACGUGGGAGUAGAAGAUGUUGAUACAAAGGCUGACGAAAUUGAUAGUCCUGGAACUGUGACAUCAAAAUUUAAUGAGCCGUCCAGAGUAGUAAAGGCGAUUGCUUCUGAUAUUGUUGAUAAUGGUCAUUGCUCUGUAGUUACAGAUGCGAUUGUUCCUGGAAAGAUGGAAGGGAGUUUUCCAAUAUCAGGGCCUUUUGUGGAUGAACACGAAACGAUUGGCUCUGGCAAUGAAUGCACUCUUGCCAAGAGUUGUACCAGUGAAUCUGUUUAUGGUGAUUUGAUGGCCCAAGCUGGUAGUAGAUCAUCUCUUUGUGAUUCAAUUUUUGCAUGUAAUAAAGAAUAUGCAAGUAGAGCUGCAGAAGUAAUUUUUAAGAGAUCACCAGUGGGAAUGUGCAAGAUCAGCAGCAAAAGCACCAAAAAUGUGUCCUGUUCAGAGACUGAGAAACUUAUUAAAGAGAAAUUUGUAAUGAGGAAGAAGUUUUUAAAAUUUAAGGAGAGUGCAUUAACCCUUAGAUUUAAAUCCUUGCAACAAUCAUGGAAAGAAGGUUUGCUGCAUUCUGUAAAGAAAUGUCGCUCAAGGCCACAAAAAAAGGAGUUGAGUCUAAGGGUGACACAUUCUGGCCAUCAGAAGUACAGGUCGUCUUCAAUUCGCUCCCGUUUGGUUCAGCAAGGAGCGUGUCAGAGCUCUACAUUUAACACAGAAAUUGCUGUUCGUCACUCCAGCAAGCUGCUGUUGAACCCACAAAUUAAGCUUUACAGGAAUACCUUAAAGAUGCCAGCUAUGAUUUUGGACAAGAAGGAAAAGAUUGCAUUGAGGUUCAUCUCUCAUAAUGGGUUGGUUGAAGAUCCCUGUGCUGUUGAGAAGGAAAGGAACUUGAUAAACCCCUGGACUUCAGCUGAGAAAGAAAUAUUCUGGGAGAAACUAUCUCUGUUUGGAAAGGAUUUUAAGAAAAUUUCUUCAUUUCUCGACCUCAAAACUACAGCAGACUGUAUCCAGUUCUAUUACAAAAACCAUAAAUCUGAUAGUUUUAAAAAGAACAAAAAUUUGGAGUUGGGCAAGCAAAUGAAAUCUUCUGCCAUCACGUAUUUGGUAACAUCAGGGAAAAAAUGGAAUCCGGACGCGAAUGCCACUUCCCUUGAUAUUUUAGGUGUUGCUUCAGUAAUGGCAGCACAAGCAGACUAUGACAUUGAAAACCAGCAGAAAUGUACUCGCCAUUUGGGUGUAGGAAGGGAUGUUGAGUCAAAAGUAUCAUGGAGUGCUAGCUCUCCAAAUAAAAGCAAUUUGGAUGAUCUUCAAACUGAAAAAGAAACAGUUGCUGCUGAUGUACUCGCUGGCAUAAGUGGUUCAAUAUCUUCAGAGGCCCUGAGUUCUUGCAUUACAAGUGCCAUUGAUCCCCGUGAGGAACUAAGGGAGCGGAAGUGCUAUAGAGUGGAUUUUGCAGCGAAAUUGCCUUCAUUGUCUGACGUCAUGCAGAAAACUGAUAAUGAACCUUGUUCGGAUGAUAGUUCUGAGGAUGUGGAUUCUUCAAAUUGGACAGAUGAGGAGAAGUUGGUCUUCAUGCAGGCUGUGUCAUCUUAUGGUAAGGAUUUUGAUAUGAUCUCUAGAUGUAUCAGAUCAAAGUCUAGGGACCAGUGCAAGAUUUUCUUCAGCAAAGCUCGGAAAUGUCUUGGACUGGAUUUGAUGCAUACUUCUGGAGACGUAGGUGAAACACCUGGGAAUGGUAACGAUGCUAGUGGGAGUGGGAGUGGGACUGACACUGAAGAACACUGUGUGGUGGAAAUCUGUGAAGGCCGUGGCAGUGAUGAAUUUAUCUCCAAGUCAAUCAAUGGUGGAUCAACAUCGGUUAACAUUAAUCAUGAAGAAACUGUUUCUGCUGUGACUGACAACAUGCGGACUAGUAUGGAAUUUGAGGAAAGUACAGCAUUGCAACAGUCGGAUGAGAAAGGUGCUGAGGCUGUUGGGAACUUGAUUUUUGAGACAUUGAAGGAAGAGGAUGUGCCUAAUCCGAGUCAGCCCACGCAUGACCACAAAAUUGAAGGCUCUUCUGAAAAUACUGAAAGUGGAAAGAGCUGUAAUGAACCUGACAUUCUGAGAUCUGAAUCCGUGUCCACAGUAGAUGAAAAUUCAGCAGCUGUGAGUGAGGGCAGAGCUACUGUGAAGCUUGCGAUUGGAGAAGAAGUAGGAAGCGACACUAAUUUACACGGUCAGAGUACAAUUCUGUGCUCAGGUCAGGAUUCAACUGGGAAUGAUUCCAAUAUUGCUUUAGAGGGCAGUUCUGUAGGACUUGAUCCACAUAUCUUGCAUCCAAAUAUUCUUAAAGUGGAACCUGUAGAGAAGAAGUCUUGUAUCAAGUCUGAGGAGAAUUUUCUUUCUGUCAGAAAUUCUGAUACUGGUGUCAUUGGAAGGGAACAGAUGCUUAACCAAGACAUAUUGUCACCAACACUUGUUUUGCAGGAGAUUAGUGAUGCGAAUCAAAAACCUAUGAAUAGAGAUGACGAUGCUGAGCAUCCAAAUAAUUUGUUGUGCAAUAGUGAAUCAUCCACGUUUCCAAGAAGCUAUCCUUUCAACAAACAAAUCUUUGAGGACAUAAAUAGAAAUAUCAAUCACGCGUAUUUUCGUGUUCAAGGGCUGUCAAAGCCAGACAUUAAUUGUAAUAGUAAAUAUGUUUCUGAGGGGCAAUUUCUUCAGAAUUGUAACAGUUCCAAGCCGCACAAUCUGGCUGAGCCUCCUUUUCUGUCUCAGAAUAUAGAAUUGGGCCAUGAUCAUCAGAAGAAUGCUUCUGGCAGUGGCAGUGCUUCAGAUUCCGAUGUUCCACGCAGGAAAGGUGAUGUGAAACUGUUUGGUCAGAUAUUAAGUCAUGCCCCUUCCCAGCAAAAUUCGAGCUCUGGUUCCAACGAGUGUGGAGAGAAAAAGGGACCACUUCACAACUCGAGCAGCAAAUCAUGCGACAUGGGAGAAAAUAUUCCGUUAAGGAGUUAUGGUUUUUGGGAUGGAAGCAGAAUACAGACGGGUUUGUCGGCUUUGCCUGAUUCUGCCAUUUUACAAGCCAAGUAUCCUGCUGCGUUCAGUGGCUACUCUGCUACAUCUGUUAAAACUGAACAGCAGCCCUUGCAGGCACUUUCAAAUAAUGGUGAUCAAAGUCUUAAUGAACUAGUGUCCGCUUUUCCCACCAAGGAUGGAGUGGUUGAUUAUCAUUCAUAUAGAAGCCGGGAUGGUGUUAAAAUGCGACCAUUCCCAGUUGAUAUAUUUUCUGAGAUGCACCGAAGAAAUGGCUUCGAUGCUGUAUCCUUGUCGAGUUUACAGCAGCAGGGAAGAGUGCUAGUUGGAAUGAAUGUUGUUGGAAGGGGAGGGAUACUCAUGGGUGGUUCUUGCACUGGUGUUUCAGAUCCUGUGGCAGCCAUUAAAAUGCACUACGCCAAGGCCGACCAGUACGCUGGGCAACCUGCUAGCAUGUUCACCAGGGAAGAUGGUAGUUGGGGAGGUGGUGGUAAUGGUGGAGAUUUAGGCAGCAGAUAGUAGAUGUGCAUCGGGGGCCUCUUCCUGGUUAGGGAUGGUCCUCGCCUGUAUCAUAUUUAGUCUGUUUCAAGUUUUCUUUUUUCCUUUUUUGAAAAAGAAGUGAUGUAGGAGAGUAGAAGUAAUUUGAACCAAUGGGUUCUGAAAAAUCCAUCUUUUUUGGUUGAAGAAAAAGGAAAGAGAUUUUAGGGGAUUGUAAUAUUGUAGCAGUCUUUUGUAUUUGUUGUAUUUGAUUGCAACACAGAAAUAAUCUUCUCAAUAUGGGUGCGGCCAUAGUCACGGCUCCGCUCAGCUCAGCUCCAUCCUUCAACUUUGAUAACCUAACCUACCUGACUCGUUACAUUAUCCAACUGGAGGUUAGUAGUUCCUUUUUUUUUGUUUUCUUUUCUUUUUGACAUUUAUUCCCCCUUAUACUCUGUUGUAUGAUUAGGAGUUAGGAGUCUUUUGUAGAAUUUUGGUUAUAUAAUAUAGUCAUCAAAAUUUGUAUUGUAUCAUAUUUCCCUUUGUUUUUUGUAUUUGGGUUUCUGACUAAUUUGAAGAAUAAAGUCUUCGGAAAUGGGACAAAUUAUUGACUGUUGCCUUUCACUUUCACUGUUUUAACCCAUGAAUGUAUGAGAAAAGAUUAACUCUUUUAA